AUGGUCUAUAACGAGGUGCCGCUUAUAGCAAGCUUGAAUACGAAGGAAGAAGUAAAUCUGCUGGUGGGCACAAGUUCAUUGUCACAAAUCCUAUCUAGAAUACGGAGUAUACUAAAAAGUGGAGCUAAAUGUGUGCUAAUUCACCCAAGUGGCGCAUCCCACGUAAAGAAACUACAUGAACACUUUGGGGGAGAAACCGGAUUCCAGCUAAUUGACAGGAAAUUCGAGCUAAGCAAUUUAACAUCCUAUGGAAGGCAAGAAGUGUUUAAUGUUGUUGAUCGGGUGUUUGUUAGUUUAGGGAGUGGUGGUGACCGUUUUUUAAUGAACGAAAUCUACAACCAAUGCCGGAAACUGAGAAUUCCAAUUAAUACCAGGCAACAUCCGGAAUUAUCAACUUUCUCAUUGUUGUCGACCUAUGUUGAGCCUAAAGGUUCUGGACUGCAAAUUGCUGUGACCACCAACGGUCAAGGCUGCCUUCUUGCUAAUAGGAUCCGGCGUGAGGUGGUAGCGAAAUUACCUCACAACAUCCACGAUAUAGUGAAUAAUUUUGGGAACCUUAGAGACGCUAUUAUCAAUUAUGAUCAUAGCCAACUCAUUCGUACACUCCAAAAUGACGGAUCAUCGAAAGAGUUGUAUGAGGAAUUAAAUGAGGAUAUAUGGGAAUGCCCUGAACUAAACGAGAGUAUACAGGCGUUUAAUAUGACGGAAGCCAACCAGAAACUAAAAAGGAGCAGGUGGCUAGCUCAAAUACUUGAGUACUAUCCUUUAAGUAAAUUGGCUAAUAUACGUCCGGAUCUGCUAUUUAACGGCUAUCCUAAUACUCCUGUUCUUAAUUCUCAGCAGCUAACGCCGCCGGUAUCGGCAAAAUCUCAGGAGACGUAUAAUAAGCUCCCCGCUAUAAAUCCAGGACCUGGGUCAUCUACAGUUGAAGAUAAUCAACAAACAUCUGAAACAGUGGGAAAUGCAACGAUAUCCUUGGUCGGUAGCGGACCCGGAUCUGUGUCAACUUUGACAAUCGGUGCCCUACAUGAGAUCAAGCAUGCAGACCUAAUUCUAGCUGACAAAUUAGUCCCAGAAAGCGUCUUAGAACUAAUUCCUAAGUCUACUGAAACCUUUAUUGCCAGAAAGUUCCCCGGUAACGCAGACAAGGCACAAGAAGAACUUCUACAGAAAGGUCUCGAAGCAUUGCAGCAAGGCAAGAAAGUCGUUCGUCUCAAGCAAGGUGAUCCAUAUGUAUAUGGUCGUGGAGGAGAAGAAGUAUUGUUCUUCAGGGAGCAUGGCUUUGAGCCACUGGUGCUUCCUGGUAUAAGUUCGCCAUUGGCUGCAGCCGUGGCUGCAGACAUACCGAUCACCAUGCGCGACAUUGCUGAUCAAAUUCUUAUCUGCACUGGUACUGGGAAGAAGGGCGUGCUUCCCAAGAUACCUGAAUACGUCGAGAAACGUACAACGAUUUUUAUGAUGGCUCUGCAUCGCUGCGAGCUUUUGGUUAAAGCGUUACUAAGUAACGGCUGGGACGCCAAUAUUCCAGUCGCAAUCGUAGAAAGGGCAACUUGUAUCGACCAAAGGGUAACUAAAACAGUGCUCAGUAAACUACCUUACGUAGUAGAAGAGAUCGGAUCUCGUCCCCCUGGUCUACUAAUUAUUGGGACAGCUGUCGAAGCUUUGAGCGGACAUGACUCAAUUGAUAACUCCGAAAGAACGUACCGUGUCUACGAGGGAUUAUCCAGGACAGAUAGUCUGACAGGCAUCGUAGAAACACUUAUGGGAUGA